AUGUAUUUUUUUUUCCGACCGAAAUCGAAAUCUCCCAAAGAGGUAGAGGACGACAAGCACACAAGGGCGUUAUUGGAAACUGACCUAACAAAUCAAAUAAGGGUUAUCCUUUGUCAAGACACGGGAGACAAGGCGAAGCUUACUUUAUUCGACUCUGACUAUGUGCCACAAAAGAGGAAGGCUGCUCACAAUAUUGACUUAAUAUGUGAAAUGAUGUUUGGAACGGUUCCACUAUCAUAUAAGGGAAUGACGACGAAAAUUCAUUACAUAAAGUCACCAAAACCUCAAAUAUUGUUGACAAAGUUGUUUUCAAUAAAUCCUUCAAAUUUAGAAACAAAUGUUCCGAAGUCAAAUCAGAUGACAAACUUAACAUUCUCCGGCUAUCGCUCUGGAUCAAGCGAUGAGGAUCCCUUUCAUGCCAUAUCUUCUCCAUCGAUGUACAAUUCUGGACAAUCGACUUUCGGCUUGAGAAAUAACAGCCUCACAUUAAAUUCGUCUUCAUCUCUGUCUCUCUCGACAAGCACAACUACUUUCCAUCAUCGAAGGAUACGGAGAUUUAGUCAGACAAGCAUUGAAAACGGUAUUUUCAAUCCCACUCCAUUACCUGGAUGUUCGUCGCGAUUUGAUUCUUUUGGUGGCAAUCUAAAUUUUAAGCAUCCUGUUCGUUCCUGGAUAUAUUCUGUGGGCAUCGUUAUAUCAUUGGAGGACAACGAACUCUUGGAAGAUUUUGUUUUCUCACACUUCGCCUUGUUAGAGAAUAAGUUACAUCAACUUCAAUCAAAUGCAUUCCGAGUACUCUGCCAUUUGCUCAGAAAAUCACAACCCCCGUUGACGAUUAACACAAAUCGAUACAAAAUUUCAAUGUUAUCAUUACCAGAAUUUUCGCUACAACAAGAGCCAUCAUGGUUGGAAGCGGUAAACAAGUUCAGGACUUCGAUGUAUCAGUUAUACAGCACACCGCGGAUACAGCCUUUAUGGUUGAACAUCUCAACAUUUCAGCAAAAAAGAAGUUUACUCGCCAAGAGUUUGUUAGAAGAGUUAUCCUAUCUGUUAGAGAAGUUUGACAACAUUAGCUCAAAUUUUUUCAUGUCCACUCUUAUCAGCGGUGUGCUAAUGUCUCAUCUAGCAUGGAUUCCGACGGUAGUCCCUAUGGCUGAUGUUGAAGAAAGGAUUCAUAAAAAUUUGUUUUAUGAUCCAUUAUGGGCUCAACUAGGUGAUCUGUACGGUAAUAUAGGUACAUCGCCAACAAUGAGUCGAACGAUCAUCAUCGGGAGUGAUGUGAAUACAGUUCGUCGCAUUCUGUUUGUAUUAAGUUACUUUAUGAGGUGCAACGAGGUGAAUGAAAGUGUAGAGGACAUGUCACCUUCAGAUUACCUGAAUUUGGAACGCAGGAGAUCUUUAGGAAGGUCGGAAAGAAGCCAACGAGAAGCAUCCGCAAAAGAUCCCGGGGAAAAGGAAAUGUCGUGUGUUGAAGUUAAUAGUAAUCAGACGAAAAGGCAGAGUGUAGAUGAUAGUGCGGAAAAUGAUUUCCGAAAAGAGAUUAAUUAUUGUGGUCGACGAUCGAGCACGGAAAAUCGAAGAAAGAGUUUAAUAAUAGAUUCCCCUUUCACUAAUAUUUUCGUUGACGAUUUUUUGGAUGUUCCGAUGCCAAAGUAUGAAGGAUAUUUCUUGAAAGAAAAUAAACGCAUAAAUCUAUCACAGCCCCCUAUUACAAUACCCGAUCCGUCUUUGAAUAGAGAAGAUGACACUUCAAAAAUUCCGCAUCGUGCUGAUCGAUUGUUUGCCAAAUCGUACGGAAGAUCUUUGAUGGUCGGUCAUUGUGAUAAGUACAUGCCUGAUUUUGUGUUGAUGGGCCUUCCUCAGUACGAUUUUCAAGAUGCACUGGAGACCGACCUAAAGGAUUCUUUGCAGAUGCAGCCAUUUUCAUCGCAGGAUCCAGUUUCGAGAUCAAUUUGCAUUUUAGGACAGUUAAAAUCCUUUAAAGUUUCUGUUUUUGGUUAUGAACAUGAAAAUCUUCACAAUGGAGGUUCCUCGUUCACGGUCCAGAAGGGUCACAUAAGGGAAGGCAACGGAUAUUUUAUUCCGCUGCACUUCUCUAAAUAUGUAUUCACCAUGCUACAUCAGUGCAAGGAAUUGUACAAUAAGGCAGAUAUUCCGGCGGAAUCGUGUCUUGAAUAUAUGGAGGAUCAAUUGCGGAUAUUAUAUUACAAAGCAGUCACUUAUAAAAAAAUGGCAAUGUUUACGUCAGGAUCUUCGUCGCCGAUCUCUGCCUCAAUUUUUUCACCAACAAGAGUUGACGAAGUGCCGUUGGACGUGCUAGAAGCUUUAGAAUUGCAAGAAUCCGACAUACCACUGUUGUCGAGAGUUACUAGAUCCGAAAGUCGUGAAGACAUGUAG